AUGGCGGAUUUGUGUGGAAGAAGAAGAAGAAGAAAGUAUAGACAGAUAAGCGGUGAGAGAGUGGCAUAUCUGCCACAACUACCAACGGAAGUCAUGUCCGAUCUCCUGUCUAGACUUCCUAUGGUGUCAAUCUUGAGAUGCAAAACCGUGUGCAAGGUUUGGUUUGGCUUAAUAAGAGAUCCUUAUUUUGCUAACUUACAGCUGAGUAGAUCAAACAAUCAACCUCCCCAAGUCAUCAUUGACCCCGAUGACGUUGAGACAAAACAAGGUGUAAUAAAAAGUCUAUACUUGCUGGAUCCUGAAGAAUGCAAGGCGAGAGCGAUCCCUGAAAUUCUUCUUGAGGACGCAUUUGCAAAGAGAUCACUUGGUCUUAAGGUCAUGUGUUCUUUCAACGGCUUACUUUGCUUGGCUCCAGAGAAGGAUCUACAUCCUGUUGUGAUCUAUAAUCCAAUAACCAAAGAAUACAGAGUUUUGCCUAAAACCAAGGCCACUACUAAUACGAUAGUAGAGUUUCAUCAAAUCGGUUUGGGCUUUGAUCCUUCAACCAACAAGUACAAGGUAGUUAGAAUAUAUAACGGCAGAGACGAAGGUGGGUGCAGGUUGGCUUCCGCCUGUGAAGUUAUUACAUCCGGAGAAAUUUCAUGGAGAAAAAUAGUUGUCCUAGCUGACACUGAUAGAGUACUCUUCAGCGGUAGUCAAGGGCCCGUUGUUCACAAUGGUUCAAUUUAUUGGACCAUUGUCAGGACAUGUCACCCCUUCGACGGAGAAUUGAUUCUUCGUUUUGACAUAAGGAAGGAAGUGUUUCAGGCCAUCUGUUUUUAUCCAUAUAUAAAGGCUCCUCCUGAUCAAUGUAGGUAUCGUGCUCGUAAUUUGCAGUUACAGAUUUUGGGACGGGGUUUGUUCUUACUUGAUCAUGAUGGUGAGUUUUUGCAUUCAUGGAGUUUGACACUGCUUGAUAGCGUGGAUGGCACCAUGUUUCGGUAUAAUAACUCAGUGAAGAUGAAGUUCCCAAAGCGUGGAUGGCAUUGGUAUUUUCAGUCCUUUGUUUGUAUGCCAAGUCCAGGGAAAUUCUUGCUUGAGAGAGUUGAGUCAGAAAAGGCCGGAAGUCAUCAUCAAGAUCUCAAGCUUGUAUAUUAUUCUUCUGAGCAUGGUAAAUUCUUGAAAUUAAAGGUUUCGGGGCUCCCGGUGUGGUAUAGAUCUAGGUGUUUUAAACCCAGUCUCCUUCCUGUUGAAGGGGUUUUUCCCACUCACUUGUGA